AUGUUUAAUGCAUUUCAAGAGAGACAACCAACUACGGAUACAAAUAUUAUCAGUGCCAAACUCAAGUUGAAUGAGCUCUUCUUGACUUGGCUUGCGAAACAGGAUACUGUCAACUAUAUUGGCGAGCUCAUCAAUGGGCUAAAUGCUUCAUCACAACCACAACAACAACAACAACAACAACAAAAGAAUACUAGUAAUAACAACAAUAACAACAACAGCACCAAUUCAACAACAAUGAUGACUGUAACCUCAAAUAUCGGUGUUGCUUCGAUACCAAACACCACAGUAAUACAAUCAAAGAAACAACAGCAACAUCAACAACAACAAAGCAUCAUUGACGAGAAAACAAAUAUGGUAUUUGCAGAUGACAACAUGAUCUACGAAGACAGCAACCGUUCCAAAUUCAAUCAGUCCAAGGAGGAUGAAUGUGUCCCCAUAAUUCUAGACGACAACGAUGCGCUCGUUGCUCACCUCUCUGGAUCGGAGCCAGCUGGACCAUCCUCCAGCCCAGGCUCACCUAGCAAAUUCAAACGUAAUCUCACUUCACAGCAACAGGACGAGCUGACUCCUGUGGAACAGCUACACGAACGCAAAGUUUCAAAACGCUCACUUGUUAUACCUCCUUUUUAUAAGCCGCAAUCACCUACUGUCUCUAGUAGUAAAAUGGACGUCGAUAUACAGAAAAUAAAGACACGCUUUGAAAGUAUCAAACCAACCGAACAACAACUACAACAACAACAAUCACUGUCCACAUCUCCAACUAAAACAACACCAACUUUACCACCCGCCAAAUAUUUACAAUCAUUUGAAGAGUUUGAUUCUCUAAUCAAAGAAUUAUAUACAAUGCCAAGAGUAAUAAUAAGACUUUUAUUUAAUUAUAUUGUAACAUUAAAUGAUGAGAAAUUUAUAACUCAGGAUGUAUUUAUAAAAUACUGGAAGGAUAUUUAUAAUAGAAAACCAGAAGAAAUUUUAUUUAAUUUACUUCGAAAAUCACCAAGUUCAACCUAUUUGACUUAUGAAGAUUUUAUAUUUUUUGCAAGAACUCUUCUGGAUUUCCAUCCUGGUCUAGAGUUUCUAAAGAAUACUCCAGAGUUCCAAGAACGUUAUUUGGAAACCAUUAUAGUUCGUAUCUUUUACACCAUCAGUAAAAAGAAAGGAAGAAUUACACUCAGUGAUUUAAUCAGUAAUAAUUUUAUUAAAUCAUUAAGUUUAUUAGAUGCUGAGGCGGAUAUUAAUAAGCAUCUCGAAUAUUUUUCGUACGAACAUUUUUAUGUUAUAUAUUGUAAAUUUUGGGAAUUGGAUACCGAUCACGAUUUAUAUAUUUCAGCACAAGAUCUAGCCAAAUACUCUAAUUUCAGUUUAACAGAGAAAAUGAUUGCCAGAAUCAUUGAAUGCCCAAUUUUCACAGAUUCCAAAACCAAUUUAUUAUCAUAUAAAAAUUUUGUUUGGUUUAUUUUAUCAGAAGAAGAUAAAAACAAUAGCACAAGUAUUGAAUAUUGGUUCAAUUGUCUAGAUUUCGAUUGCGAUGGCAUCUUGAGUUACCAUGAAAUGGAAUACUUUUACAAUGAUCAAAAGGAUAGAUUGGAUAAUCUAAAUUUGGAUCCACCUGUUUUCACUGAUCUUUUAUGUCAAAUUAUCGAUAUGAUUAAACCAAAAGAUUCAGAGAGAAUAACUUUAAUAGAUCUAAAGAAUUCAAAGCUAUCAGGUUAUCUCUAUAAUAUUUUGUUUAAUACUACAAAGUUUUUCAUUCAAGAAACUAAAGAAUCAAUAUGCACAUCCGAUCCAUCUAUGAGCGAUUGGAAUCGAUUUGCAAAGGCUGAGUAUGAAAAGGCACUGGCAGAGGAGACAUUUGAAGAGGAAGACGACGACGACGAUAUGGAUGAAGGAUUAGGUUCGGAGCAUUCAUGGUAUCAAGUUGGUGGUGGUCGAAAUCAAUUCACAUAUCCAUCUGCAUUUGAAGACGAUGAAGAUGAUAGAGAUUUUGGUCAAACACUUUAUUCCAAUUGA